AUGGACGAAAACCGGGCUGUCCAAUAUCUCGACUCAUUGAUAGGCCAGACGUUGCGAGUGCACACGACCGAUACACGCAUAUUCGUGGGCACGUUCAAGUGUACAGAUGCGGCACGCAAUAUUAUCCUCGCAUGCACAUACGAGUACCGCUUCCCCACACCAUCGACUGUUCGAGACGCUGCCUCCAAUACGAAUAACCAAGAGUCUGCGACCAGUGUCGACUCGAAAAACAUCAAAGUGAAUAUGACGAGUCGACUAAUAGGUCUCGUGGUCGUCCCCGGACAACAUAUUACAAGGAUCGAGUUGGAAGAAACGCCUGAGCAAGCCCACGUACGGAGGGCGCUCAAGAAGUAG